AACGUGGGCCGCGGUAAAGUUUUCCACAUUCAUCCCAAUUACCCUAUAAAUGUGCAACUCCUGUUCAGCGCGCCCCUAUUUCUACGGACUCUGACAAUUUUAGAAACUUGUAACAUGAGCACCGAUGAAGAGACAAAGCCUGAAAUAUCUCCUGAAGAUGUCGCCAAAGCCGACCAAUUCAAAGAACAGGCGAACGUUUUCUUUAAAAAACAAGACUAUGAACAAGCUAUAAAUUUAUAUACUAAAGCAAUUGAACUGAACUCAAAUAAUGCAAUUUACUAUGGCAAUAGAAGUAUGGCGUACUUGCGUACAGAGUGCUUUGGGGCAGCCUUGCGAGAUGCCACCAAAGCAAUCGCUGCUGAUCGUGACUACGUUAAAGGCUACUAUAGACGAGCUGAGGCUUACAUGUCCUUAGGAAAAUUUAAGCUGGCUCUAAGUGACUAUCAGGCUGUGGCAACUGUGCGUCCUAAUGAUGCGGAGGCCAAACGUAAAGCUGUGGAGUGCAGCAAAAUUGUGAAGAAAGUUGCAUUUGAAAAGGCUAUUUCUGUAGAAACAAAAAGUAUAGCAGAUUCAAUUGACUUUGAGAGCAUGGUUCUUGAAGGAGAUUAUACUGGUCCUACGUUAGAGGAUGGCAAAGUUACUCUUGAAUUCAUGAAGGAACUUAUGGACACAUACAAGAAACAGGGCAAGCUUCACCGUAAAUAUGCUUACAAAAUUUUGUUUGAUGUGAAGCAAAUGUUCACUAAGCAACCAACUUUGAUUGAGGUCCCAAUUCCUGACGAUUCUAAGUUCACAGUUUGUGGCGAUAUUCAUGGGCAAUUCUAUGACCUAAUGAAUAUUUUUGAACUUAAUGGUCUACCCUCAGAAACAAACCCCUACUUAUUUAAUGGAGACUUUGUGGACCGGGGCUCUUUCUCUGUUGAAUGUAUUUUCACAUUAUUUGGAUUUAAGCUUCUAUAUCCUGAUCAUUUCUUCAUGGCAAGAGGGAACCACGAGAGCCACAAUAUGAAUCAAAUGUAUGGUUUUGAAGGUGAAGUGAAAGCAAAGUAUACCAAUCAAAUGUCACAGCUGUUUACUGAAGUUUAUAAUUGGUUGCCUCUUGCUCAUCUGCUGAACAACAAAGUUCUUGUUAUGCAUGGUGGUCUUUUCACAAAAGAUGAUGUGACUCUAGAUGACAUUAGAAAAAUUGACAGAAACAGGGAACCACCAGAAGAUGGUCUUAUGUGCGAGCUGCUGUGGUCUGAUCCACAGCCUCAAAAUGGCAGAGAAUCAAGUAAGCGAGGAGUUGGUGUCCAGUUUGGACCUGAUGUCACUCACAACUUCCUCAAAAGAAACAAUUUGGAGUACAUUAUCAGGAGUCAUGAGGUUAAAAGUGCUGGAUAUGAAAUUGCACAUGAGGGCAAAUGUAUAACUAUUUUUUCUGCUCCAAAUUACUGUGAUACUAUGGGUAACAAGGGUGCUUACAUAACACUUAAAGGAAAUGACAUGAGCCCGAAAUUUACAACUUAUGAGGCAGUGCCUCAUCCAGAUGUAAAGCCCAUGAUGUAUGCAAAUUCCUUGCUCAGUAUGAUGCCAUAAUAAAGCUGCUAAAAUCCAUCCAGCAA